CUGUAUGUAAUUUUCCUGUACAUAAAGGGAACAGUAAGUCGGUGAAGAGUACACAGUUCGGGCUGUUCGGCUAUCCCCGCCCCCUUGCUUCAUGCUUUCCCGUUCCGUUUCUUUGUUUUGGCGCCUGAAUCCGUUGUAUCGUCGGGGGCUUGGACAGGAAAAUGGGAUCGCUGGAGACACCGACGAGGGUAGAGAACGGUUCUGCCCCGUUAACCGGCACCGGUAAAAUUUCUUCUGGCGAUGGGGAGCCUGUCGAAACUGCGUCGGAGAAGCCGCUGGAAUCCGAUACUCCAAAGAAGAGGAGAGCGUCUUUGCCUCCCCUGGAUGUUGGCACUCGGGUCAUGUGUCGUAAGAGGGACGGCAAGCUUCAACCCGUGAAAGUCAUCGAGCGCCGCAAGAUGAGUAAAGUGCGUCCCAUCGAUUACGACUAUUACGUCCAUUAUACCGAGUUCAAUAGGAGGCUUGAUGAGUGGGUGAAGGUUGAACAACUUGAUCUUGAUUUGGUGGAGGCUGUUGACGAAAAGUUGAAGGUGACAAGCUUGGAGAUGACACGCCAGCAAAAGAGGAGGAUUGAUGAGACGCACCGUGGAGGGCCAUGAGAAGCUUGAUGCUUUGCUGCCAGCUUACGAGAACAUGAGGAAUUUACAAAAGUGAAGAAUAUUGCUGCCAUUAAAUUAGGAAGAUAUGAGAUUGAGACACGGUACUUCCCCCUUCCCAUCAGAAUACAAUGACUGUUUGAGGCUGUACUAUUAUGAGUUUUCCCUCGAUUUUAUGAAGUGCAAAGAACAGCUUCAGAGGCAUAUGAGGCAAAUGUGAUCUCAAGCAUCCUCCUGGUGAUGAGAUAUACAGAAGUGGUACAUUGUCAAUGUUUGAGGUACAUUUUUCUCAUUGCUCUAGUUAUUAAUGUUGAUGGGCAUCUUAUAAUUAGUAUCAAAACUAAUCUAUGUUUGUGUUUUUCUUGUUUUUCGCACCCCAUUACCUUACCUUCAUUUUAUGGAGUCUUGAAUGAGUUAUUACUUCACCUAUCUUCAAUUAUCUAGAAUAAGUUAAGUGGGUGCAAGAGCAUUUAAAUGCUGUAAAUGGUGAUUGAGGAGCGUGAUCCUGCUGUCCAAUAUUGGAUUUCAAGUAUCUUAUUGUUGCAACCUUGGAUUCUUUAUUUUUUUGGAAGUUUCUGGUCACAGCUGAAAUUCCUAAGCAUAACAAGGAGGUUUGCCUGAUUUUCAUCUUGUUUGAUGCUUGAUAACAUCAAUUUAAUUUGGAUAGAGGCCUAUGGCGCUUUAAAGAACCAGGUUAUUUCCAUUUUAUAGAUAUUUGAUUCAAUUUUCUAAGCUCAAAUGUGCAUGAACAAGAUAAUAUUGCAUUUUAUAGGUAUAUAUUGUUGCCAAGGAAACGUUUCUAUCAGAGUGUGCCUUAUAUAUUACAUUCAUAUAAUAAUAUGCUCUUCAAAUUCACCAAUUGUUUGAAAGUUUCGGUCAAAAUUGGAUAUUAAUCUGAAACCUUUGUAAUUGUUUACAUUUGGAAAUUGGUGAUGCAGUUCUAUUGGGCUUUGAUAACAUUGAUUUUUUGCCUAUUUUUUAUUAUACCAGGAGUGUAUUGAGAGAACAUAAUCAAAGGGUAAUAAUGGGCCCCUGUUCUUCACACACCUGCUGCAGGUGUAGAAAGUGAGCUAGGACUGAAGGUAAUAGUGGGGAGAUGGGAGAGGCAGUUACUGAAGAAAUGGGAGAAUAGGGUGGUUAACUCUAAAGCCAUCAUUAGUAGCAUUACCUCUAGUUUCUAGCAGUUAUUAUGAUUGUUAAUGAGUAGUUAUUAUUGUGCUAUAAUCUAGGUGCAGUUCUUAACAAUUGCAUUGUAUAUAUUUCCUUUGUUAAAAAAUGUAAAGUAUUUUUAAUCAAAUUACACAUUCCAUUGAGUCAGUUAAUUGUCUUUAAUCUAAUAUCAUCUUUUCAUAUUUGCCUUCAUUUAAUAUGGUAUAUCACUUAAACGUAAAGGGUUGAGUGAUUUAUUUAUUAAGGGUAUUUUUGAGAAAAAAAACUCAUUAAUUAUUACACAUAGUAAAACUAAAAAUGCCUUGUACUUUUUAACAUUUAAUGUAAAAAAAAAUGUCUUAUAUUUUUUAAUGGGGGAAUAUCUUUAAGAAAUAGUUGCAGUAGGAUUCAGACUCGUGAUUUACCUUUGUGUUGGGAGAUUCUCCUUGGUCUGGUGAAGUAAUUGGUGUUUUCAGAUCCUGACAUUAUUUUCUUCAAUAGAAUUUUUCUCUACUUUCCAUCUUAAACCCAGACCCUAUCGUACAAGGGGACGAAAUAAUCACCCUUGGAUCACAAACCAAUGAUGUAAGUUAAAUGCAGGAGUCACCUUAAUUGUGUAAUUAAUGCCAUCCUUGGUUCUCGCAUUAAUUAUUCUUGUAUUUAUUUCAAAUCUAAGGGCGACCACUUUUCUUACCUCCUCUCACGUCAGAUAACUCCCUUGAUCUCUCUCUCUCUCUCUGCGUGCGCAUGCAUGAAUGUAUGUAUGAUUAUUUGUAUUUUAUGAUUGUCUUUAAUUAUUAUGCUAUAUCCGCAAACAGGUUGAUGGCAAAAAGAACAAGGUUUAUGGGCAGAAUCUCUGUUAUUUGGCCAAGUUGUUUCUUGAUCACAAGACUCUGAUGAUGUUGACCUGUUUCUGUUCUAUGUUCUGUGUGAAUGUGAUGAUCGAUCAUCGAGGAUGCCACAUGGUUGGCUAUUUCUCCAAGUUAAAUGUAUCCUUGUUGUCAUUGCUGUAGUUUGGCAUGAGAAGCUUCAAAUUCUUAUAUCAUGCAAUUUUGCACUCUGUUAUUAAAAAUGCCAAUCCUAUUUAUCUGCACACUGUAUGCAACCAGCAAUGUAAACAUAUUCUGCAGAUUGCUUCAUUCGUGUAAUUAUUUUAAUUAAUUGUAAACUUCCACUUUUGAAGGAGCCAAUCUUAUUGUUUUCAGACAUUAAUUCUGUGACUGGAAGCAUGAAUGUGAUCUAGCUUAAAUAUUUGCAAUCUUC